CCUCCACCACCUCUUCAUAAAGAGAUAUAAAAAGCUUGGACUGCCUUCUGCUUUCCCCAGAGGGUCCCAGGCCACGGUUUGAGCUGCUCCGACAUUAAUUUUACAUCCUCUUGCAACACCAAAUAUCUGCAAAACAAAUGGCACCCGUCGGAUCUAAGAAGGGCGUCCUGGAGCGCCUGAAUGCAGGCGAGGUUGUGAUCGGAGACGGCGGCUUCGUCUUCGCCUUGGAGAAAAGAGGCUACGUGAAAGCCGGACCCUGGACUCCUGAAGCCGCAGCUGAGCACCCCGAAGCCGUGCGACAGCUGCACAGAGAAUUCCUGAGGGCUGGGUCAAAUGUCAUGCAGACUUUUACCUUCUACGCCAGUGAUGACAAACUUGAGAACAGAGGCAACACUGUCGGCUUCACUGGGGCACAAAUUAACGAGGCCGCUUGUGACCUGGCCAGAGAGGUGGCCAAUGAGGGUGACGCCCUGGUGGCGGGCGGAGUCUCUCAGACCCCCUCGUACCUGAGCUGCAAAAGUGAGACUGACGUGAAGUCCAUCUUUAAGAAGCAGAUGGACAUCUUCAUCAAGAAGAACGUGGACUUUCUGAUCGCCGAGUACUUCGAGCACGUCGAGGAAGCCGAGUGGGCCGUCCAGGUCCUGAAGGCCACCGGGAAGCCCGUCGCCGCCACGCUGUGCAUCGGUCCGAUGGGAGACAUGCAUGGAGUCAGCCCCGGAGAGUGCGCCAUCCGUCUGGUGAAAGCCGGUGCCGAUAUCGUUGGAGUGAACUGCCACUUUGACCCGAAGACCUGCGUGGAGACUGUGUCCAUGAUGAAAGCGGCGGUGGAGAAGGCUGGACUCAAAGCUCACUACAUGGUCCAGCCCCUCGCCUACCACACGCCUGACUGCGGCUGCCAAGGCUUCAUCGACCUGCCCGAGUUCCCCUUCGCUCUGGAGCCCAGAGUACUGACCCGCUGGGACAUGCAGCAGUACGCCAGAGAGGCCUACAAGGCAGGGAUCCGUUUCAUCGGAGGCUGCUGCGGGUUCGAACCCUACCACAUCCGUGCUAUAGCUGAGGAGCUGGCUCCGGAGCGUGGGGUUCUGCCUGAGGGCUCACAGAAGCAUGGCCAGUGGGGAAGUGGCCUAGAGAUGCACACCAAGCCCUGGGUCCGUGCCAGAGCCCGUCGUGAUUACUGGGAGAAGCUGAAGCCCGCCUCCGGUCGUCCGUUCUGCCCAUCCAUGUCCAGCCCGGACUGCUGGGGCGUCACUAAAGGCCACCCGGACCUGAUGCAGCAGAAAGAGGCCACCACUCAUGAUCAGCUGCGUCCGCUGUUUGCCAAAUCUGAAGCCAAAUCCUGAAUAUAGAGAAAGAUCCCACACUGACGUGUGCCACCGGAGUGUGGGGAAACUAAGAGAGCGAAGAAGGGAAGAUAAAGACAAGACCUUGGUUCUCUUUCACUCUCUUUCUCAUUGAAUUUCUUUGUUAGUUUACAUAUAAUCAAAAGCAAAUUAUUCACAUUGGCAUGUUUUUUGCCAGGACCAUUUUUCUAGCAAAAACAAAUACGGUAUUCUUUUUCUCCAGCCUGUGAAAGCAGUGUUUAGACUGAAAUGUACAUUUUAUAAUUGUACCUGAGACAACGUGGGUUUUUUUCACUGUAUGAUUCCGAAGCUAUAGUUUUGGUCCAUGCACUGUGAGUCGAAUCCAUCUGUCUUAUGACUCACUGAAUGACGGGGCUGAAUAACGCGCCAGCUGCGUGACCACAUUGGAGUUGUUUGAAAUUCCAGGUUCCCCGAACACUCCAGGCUUUCUAUGGUUGUAGUCCCAUUAUUUCACGAUUUUGAAUUUUGUAGUUGACUUAAUGCUUCAUUAAACAUAUCAACGUGA